AUGACAAAGAAGAAGUUCAUCCAAAGGCAGAGUGUCCGUAAGAAGGAGGAUCCCUCUACUGCUCCUGUGGUCACUCUUGUCCCCCUCUCUGCUGCUGACGCUACUUCGAUGAGGGCGGAUUUGAUCGUCCUUAGUAGUGACAGUGAAGAUGAGGUUGAGUGGGAGGCGCUCGCCGCCGAAGACGAAGUCGACUGGGGCGCCCUUGCUGUCGAAGAUGACGAUGAUGUCGAAUCUGUGGGUAGUGGUUCUCCGGCGAGGAACUGA